AUGACUGAAUCAGACAACAACUCUGAAAAUGAGUUGGAUUCACCAAACACCAAGUCGGUGCCAGCCAAAAUUAAGCGAACUGGAAAUAGAAACCGAAAUAAAAAUGGAAAUAAUUCUUCUUCCGAUCAAAAUGCGGCAAAAUCAAACGGAUAUUCCGAGGAAGCAUCAGAUUAUUAUUCUGAUAAUCCAUAUUAUUACUCGGAUGAUGUAAGUUCGGGUAAUCAAUCUUCCAUGUCUAAAGGUAACCCGAUCGAGUCACUUUACAAUGAAAGAGGUGAAUUUAUAGCCAUACGUGAGAAGAAAAUUGAUAAAAUUUUAUCACACCGUUAUGAACAAGAUAAAAGUGUAUCAUUUUUAGUCAAAUACGUAGGAAAAGCAUACAAACAUUCAGAAUGGAUACACGAACCAAAAGAUAUAAACAACCAGAACAAAAUCAAGAAAUAUUUUGCACGAAAUCCAUUGAAUCCGCCAUCACAACCAUAUUAUCCUCCAAAAUACGAUAUACCAGAGAAAAUUCUUGCUCACAGGACAGUUGACGGCAAGAGCGAAUAUUUAGUUCUCUGGACAGAUCUAGAUAGAGAAGAUGCAACUUGGGAAGAUGAAAAUUCUCUUGAUUGUAAGGACUUGAUAAGCGAAUAUAAUACACCUCCUCCUGCUGACGAAUGUCAGAAUCGUCCAAAGGGACCACUCUCGGACUUCAAACCAGUUUCUGUGGCUCCAAAAUCGAAAUCUGGAAAAGUUUUAUACAAAUACCAGCUUGAUGGCUUGAACUUUUUAAUACAUUCUUGGUUUAAAAAUAACAAUGCCAUCAUCGCCGAUGAAAUGGGACUUGGAAAAACAGCACAAGUCUCAACUUUCUUGGAUUUCUUGAACAAAUCACAAAAAAUAUUCGGACCAUUCCUUAUAGUUGUUCCGUUAAGUACAUUGGACCAUUGGUAUAGAGAAUUAACAGAUUGGACGGAUCUUAAAGUUUUAAUUUUAAGAGGAACAAAAAUUGAGCGACAGUUAAUAUUUGAAAACGAAUUAUACUACGAAGGGACAGAAAUCCCUCGAUUCCAAAUAAUGCUAACUACAGGAGAAAUCGCGUUAAAAAGCAAAACAGUUUUUGAGCAAUUCGAAUGGCAAGUUCUCGUUUUCGAUGAAGCACAUCGUCUAAAAAGUCAUACUUCGAAGCUACUUCUUGCUGUAAAAGAAUUUAAAUCUCAAUAUAAAGUUUUGAUGACGGGAACUCCACUUCAAAACAACAUCGGCGAGCUUUUUACACUUCUUAAUUUCAUUGACCCUCAACUUUUCGAUGAUCGUACAAAGUUUUCCGAAUCAUUUGCAGAUUUGAGUGAAAAGAAGCAAAUUGUAGAGCUAAAAGAACUCAUAGAACCAUUCAUGCUUCGAAGACUUAAAGGAGAUGUCGAGAAAAAGCUUAUUCCCCUUGAAGAAAUCAUUAUUGAAUGCGGAAUGACGAAAUCUCAACGGGAAUACUACAGAGCCGUAUUCACAAAAAAUCAGGAAUUCCUUACAAGAUGCGAAAAACGUCGUUUGGCCAAUUUGAAUAACAUAUCAAUGGAAUUAAGGAAAGUUUGCAACCAUCCUUACUUGAUAACAGGAGCGGAAGACGCUAUUCUUAUAGAAAAAAUGCAACAGCUUGGUCUAAAAGAGAGAACAAACGAAUUCGAACUUGAAACUCUAAUUAGAACCUCAGGAAAGCUGAUUUUGGUUGAUAAACUACUGGCAAAUCUCAAAAAGGAAGGCCACAGAGUACUUAUUUUCAGUCAAAUGACGAAAAUGCUGGAUUUAUUACAAGAUAUGUUGACAUAUCGCAAUUAUAAAUACAGAAGAAUUGAUGGAACAGUACGUGGUAAAGACAGGCAGGCCUCAAUUGAUGAUUUCCAGGAACAAGAAGAUAUAUUUGUAUUUUUACUCUGUACAAGGGCCGGAGGUGUCGGAAUUAACCUGACAUCUGCUGAUAGAUGCAUCAUUUAUGAUAGUGAUUGGAAUCCGCAGAACGAUAUUCAAGCAACAGCGAGAUGUCAUCGAAUUGGACAGACAAAAGAGGUCAAAAUGUACAGACUUAUCACGAAGAACUCAUAUGAGAGGUCAAUGUUCGAUACUGCAUCAAAGAAACUCGGUUUGGACAAAGCAAUUUUGGAAAAUGAUACAGAACACAAAGAUGCGAAAGAACUUGAAAAAAUGAUUAAAAUAGGAGCAUACCAUGCUUUUGAAGAUGAUGAAAAUGCAAACGAAAUAAACGAAGACGAAGAUAUAAACGCGAUUAUCGAAAGAUCCGAAAAACACAUUCACGAUCCAAGUUCUGGCCAGUCAUUCUCAAAAAUUCAGUUUAAUAUCACAGAAAAAGAAGAAGACACAAAAAUUUUCGAUGAUCCGAAUUUUUGGAAGAAAUAUUUGGGAGAAACACCCGAACAGAACCCAGAAACAGAUAUAAUGCCAGAGAGAAGACUAAAGAAGACUCAGAGCACUGAUUUCGUUGACAUGACGUCAGAUUCAGAUAAUGAAGAGGAAUCAAACGAAUCUUAUGAGACAGAUAACUCAGAUGUAGAUGAUAACCACGAACCAGUCAAUAAAAAAGUCUUUGGAGCGUGGACAAGAAAAGUUACAAGUGCAUUUAUAGUUUUUUUGACGAAAUUUGGUUUUUCACGCAGCCCAGAGUUUUUACAGGAAUACCAACUCGAAAUGCGAUCAGGAGAGAUCAUGUCUGUCGCUAAAAUUUUCUGUAAAUGGAUGAUAAAAAGUUUGAAUGCAGAAAAUGUCACUUUUCCUGCAGUUGAAAGGUUUAUCAAAGACAAAAUUGAUAAUUUCGAAUUAGGUUUCGACCGCUACAAAAACGAUUCUUUGCUACAAACGGUUACUCACAAUGCAAAAAACCGUUUGACAAAAAUUCAAACAGCAGAAUAUGUUUAUCAAUUAUGUUCAACUGCAUCAGGAUUAGAUGAUAUUUGCUGUCCAGAUAUCAAACCAACAGUAAAUGAAAAGUGGUCGGUUCACGACGAUAGAAUUUUACUGAAACUCACAUGGGAACUCGGUUUAGGCGAAGUAACAAACGAGCAGAUCAUAAAUAUAAGGAAAUCCCUCAAUAGAGAGAGCAGAGAAGAUGAAAUCGUGAAUACAUAUGACUUAACGGAGCGUGUAAGACAGAUUAUACAGAGAAUCAUGACGAUGUUUAACAAUUUCAAGUCAAGACAGAGCGGAUAUAACUUAACUUUUAAUAAUACAACGGCAAAACGAUCAUUAGAGCAGCUUAAUAUCCAGGAACACAGAAGGAUCAUCGAGUUGCUUGAAGAUAUUGGUAUUGUUAAUCGAAAUCUGUUCUUCGAAAGACUUGGACCUGUUAAAAACCCAGAAGACCACUACAAGUACGCGGAAAGGAUUGUUCACGAGUGCAAGGCUCUCAUGGAUCUCCAGGAAGUCAACCAGGAAGCUUAUCCGGAGAGACUCUGCGUUUCUGCCGCAAAAACUAUUUUCAUAACCGAUAGAAUUAUGGCAGAAAUUCAGAUUUGUCUUGCAGAAAAUAAAUUGACAACAGAAAGAAGAGAAGUUUCCAGAAUCAUCUUCGAAAAUGGUUUUCAAUUGGCCAUUACAAAUCCUAUCGUUCAGAAAUUUAUGAUGCCUCAGAAAUUUUGUGUAGAAACUUUACACGCGUUAAUGAUGAAAGCAUUGUCAUUGGAUCAUAUUUUGCAAGCAAGAGAAAAUACCACUUCCAUGCAUGUUUUUGUGAACCACUUAGAAAAUUCUGAACCCAAAGAAAUUCAAAGCGAAGAAAAUAUUCAAACUGUUGUAAAAGAAGGUCAUCAGAGGAAGGCGAAGUCUGCCGCAGCACGAAAAGUGUUAAGAGAAGAACUGCAAAAGCAGAAACAGCUAAAAAUCAAAACAAAAACCGAUGAAAAUGAAAAAGAAGAUGAUAAUUUGUUUGACGAGUCAGGAAAGCCAAGAUUACCAAUGCAUAUCGGUACAUGUCUCGUUAUUGUUAACCUUGGUGAGAUUGUUUACGACAGAGAUGGUUAUCAUAACGAAAGAUACGCAUAUCCCGUCGGAUUCCUCAGCGAACACUUAUUUAGCUCCCCAACAGAUCCGAAAAAAAGAGUUUGGUAUCAGUCGAUGAUUCUUGAUGGCGGAGAAAGGCCAAUUUUCAGAGUCAGAGUCAAAGACGACCCAGACACUUUUUACGACGGAAACGUUCCAUCCAAUCCAUGGCUAAAUGCGAUUCGCGUUGUAGAGAACAGGAAACGACAGCUUGGCUUGAAUUGUUGCAAGAAUAUUUCGGUUUCUGGACCCGGAUACUUUGGUUUGUCAGCUCCACAGGUCAUGAAAAUGAUCCUGAAGCUGCCGAACAUCGAAAAACUAAAAAAACUCAACAGAGCUGAUCCGAAUGAAGUUGAUCUUCCUCGCAAAGCCCACGUGAAGACUUCAGAGCCAAAGAUGAAGAUCAACAAAAAUUCUAAGCUCUCUCCUUCCAUACAAAACGCUCUCCACAAGAUGAAUUUGGAUAAUCGAAGAGCUCCUUCUCCUCCGUCCACUCCUCCACCCCCUCCACCUCGUCCAACGCCUGCACAAGUCUCCCAGACCGUUAAAAACCAACAAAAACCGAAAAGAACUUAUACUCAUCGGAAACCACGCCAAAUACAGACUUCUUCGCAUCUGGACAGCGACGAUGCAGAAGUUAUUGGUUCUAUCAUUGUAGAUAAUGAAUUUGAACCAAGCGCCGUGAUGACUCCGGAAAAUUCAAGUUCUGAAAGCGAAAGUGACAAAGAAUUCAAAGAUCCAGUAAUAGAAAGACAGAUUUCGACUGUUCAAGGCCUCAAAUCCGAUUUCUCGAAGCUUAUUAAAUCUCAUCUGUCAAGUGAGAUCCAUAUUACGUUACCAAGUGAUGUUUCCAACAUAUUAGAAGUAUUAGAUAAUUGUUCAUUUUAA